AGUUAUCCAUCAUCCGCGGCUGCAACAACAGCACCAACAACAAUGGCGACACCAGCUGAAUUGGCUCGCCUCGUUGACCUGCAUUUGGCGGAUUUACGUGACCCUGAGCCCAACUGGACAAUAGGCCCAUCACCAAUGGCCGGACGUGGUGUAUUUGCCACACGCGACAUCCAACAAGGUGAACUGAUAUUUCGCGAGCGUGCUCUGGUCGUGGGGCCCACAGCACGCAAAGGCUCCAUACUGAACACUUGUGUCUGCUGUCAUAAAUUAUUGGCGGUCAAGGACUUCCUAUGCAAAAACAACUGCACCCUACCAGUCUGUGAUAAAUGCAGUGAUUCGGAGCAGCACCGCAACGAAUGUGAACUGUUCCGGCGUUGGCAACCGAAAGAUUUACAUAAGGGCAUGGAUGAUGCGGAUGAUUGUUGUCCCGUCAAUGCCAUGUCGUUGCGCAUUCUGACCGCAGUGCGUGUCUUUUUCCUACAGCCGGAUCAGCGAGCCCUCGUCCAGGCAAUGCAGGCGAACGAUGAUAAAUGUUAUCGCGGCGAGAUAAUCAAGGCGGCACAAUGUUUUCGAAAAUUCCCCACCACCGAUAAACCCUAUAUGGAUAAGCUAUUUCGAAUUGUGGGCGUGUUGAAUACGAAUGCCUUUGAGGCACCCUGCCGGGUGGGGGAUCAUGAGAUAUUGUUGCGUGGCCUAUUCCCACUGACUGCGGUCAUGAACCAUGAAUGCACUCCCAAUGCCAGCCAUUACUUCGAUAAUGGCCGCAUGGCUGUGGUACGUGCUGCACGUUUUAUUCCCCAGGGCGGUGAGGUGACCACCACAUACACCAAGAUACUGUGGAGUAAUUUGACCAGAUGCAUUUUUCUCAAAAUGACGAAAAAUUUUAUAUGCGAUUGCAAGCGUUGCAAUGACAAUACGGAAAAUGGUACCUAUCUCUCGGCUCUGUUCUGCCGCGAACAAGGCUGUAAGGGUAUUGUGAUACCGGUGCAAACUAAAACCCUACAACCGGAUUGGCGUUGCCUUACCUGUGAAACAGUAUUUCCCCAUUCGAAAAUGGCUCGAUAUCAGGAUUUUGCCUUGAAUACAAUCAACAAUCGUAUUAAUGCCUGCAGUGUCAGUGAUAUGAUAACCUUCAUUAAUGAAAUGUGUCCACGCUUUUGUCCGCCAUCCAAUUAUGUGCUAGUCGAGGCUAAACUCAAUGUCAUUUGGAGAAUGUCCCGACCUACCACAGAAGAGUUUACCGAAGAACAGAUCAAAUGUAAAGAUCGUUAUAGAGCUGAACUGUUGGAGCUGUUGGAAAAAUUGGGAGCUGGAGAUUGUACUCUCAAGAAGUUGAUAACCGAGGAGAAUCUUUGAGAG